CCAAAAAUGAGCAAUUGCAGCGCAAAUUGCAGCUGUUAGUCAACAAUUUUUGUGUGGAAAAGCUUCCAAGGAAUGCGGAUGUCUUUGGAGACAUCUCAGGCAGAAAAUUCGAGCGAAUUCCAAUGGACGAGCGCGAGGAGGAAGAGGAAAAAUUUCAGGAUACAGAAGCGCGCGUUCCACGUCGACUGAAGCCCAGCUUGGGCCAGUAUGCUAAGAUGAUCAAGUCGUAUAUAUCUAAAAACGAUGUGAAUUCUGCUUUGCAGGUCCUCGAUUUGAUAAAAGAGAAUCGAGACAAGCCCACGAUAUACUUGUACAAUCUCCUAUUGUGUGCGUUUGCCAAACAGGGCGACGUAAAGCAAUGCUUUAGUCUGUACAACAAGGCAAAGAUGUAUGGAUUACAGCCGAACGCGGGAACCUACACUAGUCUAUUCAACGCGUGUGCUUUAUCUGAUAAAAGCAAAGUAGCUCUGGAGCAUCUCAAUAGGCUGCGAAGGUUUCUUUAUGAUCGACAGUUUCCACUGAACAGUACACAUUAUAAUGUCAUGGUAAAGGCGUACAGUUGGCACGGUAAGAUCGUUGAGGCCUUCCAGCUGGCGGACGAGAUGAGAGACAGACGCAUUCCUAUCGGAGAGAUCACUUACAACUCUCUGUUUCAUGGAGCAAUUUCUGACAAGGAGACUGGCCUGCGACAUGCCUUAAUUGUGUGGCACUUAAUGCGCUUGAAAAAUAUCAAGCCAUCUUUGACUACAUAUAAUCUUCUCCUGAGAGCGAUCAGGGAUACAAAUUUGGGAAAUUUAAAGCCCAACGAUGUUCUUCUCUCAGGAUUUAACCAGACUAAGGUUUCAUUGUUGGAAGGCGAGAAGCCUGAUCUGCUGGCAUCUCCACCUAUGUUGAGCACACUUUUACCAAUGGGAAAAGAACAGAGUAUUAUGCAACGCGAUACUGAUGUAGAGGUACAAAAAUCGAUAAAUUUGAAUGACGUUUUGGUCAACAAUCGUCUGAUUUUAUUUGGUGGUCUUGAAAGAUUUCUAAAUCGAAUGUCCAACGAUGGUGUUAAACCUGAUAUCAAAACUAUUACGUUACUCCUGAAUUUAAUUCCGAACACGGUGCCCGCUGAGAAUCUACUCGUCAAAACUGCAGAGGAGAAAAAUAUUAAACUGGAUAUUGACUUUUUCAAUAUGCUCAUUAAAAGGCGCAGCGUACGAUUCGAUUAUAAAGCUGCGAAAGAGGUGGUAAGCAUGGCGGAGAAGAAGGAUCUCUCUCCAAACGUAAUGACUUUCGGGGUCUUAGCACUUGGUUGUCAAAAAUGUGGAGAGGCUAAAGAGUUCCUGGAAGGAAUAGAAGUUUUUGGCUAUAAACCCAAUUCUGUAAUUAUAGGUACUCUCAUGAGUACGGCUUACAUUAAAAAAGACAUUGAAUAUUUGUUGUUUAUGAUGAGAUAUAUGAUAGAGAACAAAACGAAACCUACUGCGCAGACCAUUGAAAACUUAAAAAAGUUUUCGGAAAAUUUAUCAAAGAUCGAGAAACCUACGGGCAAGUACCGAUUUCGAAAAUUAAAGCGUUUGGAGGCCAAUAUCGAAAAAUUCGAAGAAGAGUAUCCUAAAUGGCAGAAGUUGAUAAAACAUUAAUUCAUUAAAAAAUGAAAUAUUAUUUCUGCAAAAU